GUUCCUUUUCUCUUCCGUGGGGUUAUAAAACCCACCUCCCCUCAUUUUUUUUUCUUUUGGUGGGAAUUAAACUGUGAUAAGAAAACACAGGCUCCAGAGCACACCUGUUCUGGCGCAGCAGCCCCAGCUUGACGCUUUGCUGAGCGUGUGUGAGCGCUCUGCUCCUGCCAGGGAGCACAGAGACACGUGGUUCCGUCCUCAGGGGGUGGGUUCCACCAGCCUCCGCUCAGUUCCUUUUGCAAGAAGAGCUCAGAAUCACCGCAAGAAAACGAAUCCCAAAGAUGAGCCUCCCGUAUAAAAGUUUAGCCAGUUUCUUUCUGCUUUUCAGCUUUUCCACUAAAGGUUCCACCCUCGGAGAGCCUAGGGUCCUCUGGGGGGCCUUGGGUCGGGACGUAAACCUGGAUAUUCCCAAUUUCCAAAUGAGUGAUGUUAUCAAUGAGGUGCGAUGGGAAGCCGAAGGAAGAAGGGUUGCGCAACUCAAAGGCAAGAACCAGUAUCGGUUAAACCAAACAUAUGAAAUACUACCAAAUGGAACUCUGAAAAUUAAACAUCUGGAGAGAAGCCUUCACAAUAUCUACAAAGUAAUCAUAUACAAUACAAGUGGAACAAGCGUGUUGGAUAAAGAAUUUCAUUUGAGGAUUCAAGAGAUGGUCUCAAAACCACAGAUCUCCUGGGAUUGUAGCAACAAAACCUUGACCUGCGAGGUGGUGAAUGGAACUAACCCUAAAUUAAACCUGUACCAACAUGGGAAAUAUCUCAUGAAAGGUUCUGGGAAAAUCAUCACAUACCGGUGGAAGAAACUGACUGAGGCUUUCAGUUGCACGGCAAGUAACGAAGUUAGCGAAGAAUCCGAUGCGGUGGCUGUCAGCUGCUCAGGGAAGCGCAUGAACUUGUUUCUCAUUGCGGGCUUCUGUGUAGGAGGCGGCCUCCUGGCGCUCUCUGUGGCACUCAUCAUUUGCUACACGUACAAGAGGAAAAUGCGGAAUGGCGAGGGGCUGGAGAUAAGCACCCGCAGAAUAACCACCGAGGAAGGGGGCCCAAAGCCCUCCCACAUCCAAGCCCCACCAGCUCAAAAUCCGUCAGCCUCCCACCCUCCCCCACCACCUAGCCAUCGUCCCCAGGCGCCUUGCCAUCGUCCCUUGACUCCUGCCCACCAUGUCCCACAGCGGCAUCAGAAGAGGCCUCCUCCAUCGGGCACACAAGUUCGCCAGCAGAAAGGCCCUCCCCUUCCCAAACCUCGAGUUCAACCAAAACCUCCCCGGGGGGCUGCAGAAAACUCCUUGUCCGCCGCCUCUAAUUAAAAGUGACAGAAACUGUGCUUUCUGAUAAAAGGCUCUGGGGAUUUCUCCACCUCAGCACGCAGGCCCACUCUUUCCUUGAGUGGCUUCUACAGACACGAUGGCCUCCCGAGAGGGCGUGGGGGCCACAGGCACAUCGGCACCUUCCAACUCGGUCUCGUGCCUGGAGUCUGGCUUCCCUGUAGAUCUCUGUCACACCCAGAAGAGAAAGACAAUGUGUGAAUUUAGGGCGAUGGGUGACAGAGCAUAAAAGUCUUAGCAAUCUUCUUGUCUCCCUCUCAGACGCUAUGCAAAUGUGAUACAUCAGCUGGUUACUGGGCCUGGGCGUCCUACAGGUGGCCCAUCUGCCUGAGGCACUCCGGUUUAUGUGCCCUGGUGGGCUCUGGCCCUCCACCCUUGAGCAGGAGUAAAAUAAAAGCUCUAAUUUGACCCUGGUGUUUGCUGACUGAAGAAAAAAAGAGGCUUAGUGUCUAGGAGAGGAAGCUGCAGAUUGAAAAAGAGGCUAAUAAGUGUGACCACAACAUCAGAUUUAGUCACCUUAAUUCACUUGAGCUGCCUGAAUCCCCACCACCAUGACCAGAACGUGUCCCCAGGUCUCAGCUGCCAAGCUGGGCAGACAACCUAUUUGUAGAUGUCUGCGAAGCACUGACACCCACAUGCAUGCCCUUGGACAAGAGGCACCAGAAAAGCAAUCGUUUGUGACUCACUUCCUUGGCUUUUUGGAUGCGGUCAUAAUGAUCUGUGCAGUCAUCGCUGAAAAGAGGAGAGCACGUAAAUACUUCGGGCACUGGGGGCCCAUCAGACAACACAUAAAAGGGCAGACAGCAACUUGGUUCAAUCAAAUCCUAAGUGUCACCAUAAGUGACCAUUACUUAAAAACCAGACCACCCCACCAGCAGUCACACCAGCUGCACUUUGGAAGAUUUGUGUGUGGGGGAGACAGUUUUCAGAUAAAGGUCUAACAAUAGGCUGUAAGGAGGUGCCUGCUUUGGAGAGUCGGUACCAUGUUUGUGGUCCCGUUGCCUGCCUGCCUUCCCCUUGACUUCUGAGACUUGUUAACCCUUGUAAAGCCCUGGCAGGAAGCUCUGAAGUGUAAACCACAAACUCAGGACUUCCUGUGAGAGCUCGCAGGGGUUGAACUGCUUCUUCCUCAGAAUCUGAGCAUCAGAACCCAGGGCUGAUUAUGAAGGGCAAUGAAGAAUUAGGCCCCAUAGCCUCCUGACAUUCCAGCACGGAUGUAGUUGAGUAACAAACAUCACAAGAUCUACUCAGAGGAGCAAGGAGGGUCCUGGAAGUGCCUUGUCCUCAUCCUUCAUUGCAGUCCUGAGUGAUCAACAGCACAGAGCACUCCUAGAUAGCUCUUAGGUCCUUCCUUCAGGAAGCCUUCCCUUGACUUCUUAGACUUCUCAGACUUAGUCCGUUCCAGAACUGCACCUGCCCGUCUUCUUUCAUAGGGUGUGGACCACAUACAGCUUAGAACUCUUCGAUCCUUUUAUCAGACUCUGUGCUAGGCAGCAGAGAUGCAGAAGUGUACAGUUGAGAGUCUCAUAGGGGAGGGAUGGGCCUUACUGGACAGAUGUAACACAGUAUGGUAUGUACCUUAGAGGCAAGGACAGAAUUCCAGAGAAAAGAUAUUUUUCAAUCAGAUUUUAUUGUUACACUUUAGAUAUACAUAAUGAUCACACUCGUCACAGAGAAUUCCUACCUCUACAUGAUAUAACUUGAUUCUUUUUUUCCCUAUUGCCCUACCCUCCCUUUAACCCCUCCUCCCCUCCCCAUUUACAAAAGCUUUGUUUCCACUUUUUCCUUUUUUAGAGAACGGGUUUUGAGUGGGUGGCACAGAGGGCUUCUUGGAGGAGGUGACAUUUGAGCUGAAUUGUAAUAGCUGAGCAGAACUGGUGAGGCAGAGGGGCAGAACUAUCCAUGGAGAGGGGACGGCGUGAGGAAGGCUCAUGCCUACUACCAGUUUACACAGUACACGGUUCCUUUUUCACAUACUGGGUUUCGUUGAUUUUACGUGGUACCAUUACUGUACAUAACACCAAGAAGGAAAGGAAACGAAGGUGGACGUGGUGGUACGACCCUGAAAGUUCAGCACUCUGGAAGGCUGAGGUGGGAGGAGCACAAGUUCAAUCCCAGCCUGAGCAAUUUAAUGACUUAGCAAGACCCUGUCUCAAAAUACAAGGGAGCGGGGGCUGGGGAUAUAGCCCAGUGCAAAGGCCGUGGGCUCAGUCCUGGGUACUGCAAAACAGAAACCAAACCAAAACCAAAACCAAAACGCUCUCAGUUAUGUCACAACAAAUGCCAGGUGAUAACCAUGUUUUAGGGACAACCUUAUUUCUUAGAUGUAAAAAUGUGGAGAAAAUGCAUUUUAGACUUAACAAAAUGCAUAAUCAAUAAGCUUCUUGAGAACACUGAGCAUCUUUCAAUGCUGCUGAUAGCACUCCAUUAAACACAUCACUACUCAGAGGGCUCAGAGAGUGGGUAUAGCCCUGAUGAAAGGAAAGGAAGUGAACAUGUUCACCAUUCACAUGAGACUCACACCUGCCCUGCUGCCGCCUCCACUGUGAGGAGGGUAGCAUGGGCCUUGCUGUCAUCUACCUGGUGAGAGGGUGUGACACCCAUCAAUUUUGUCCCAUAACAUGGACCUCCUGAAAUUUAACGAGGAGGCAGAUCUUUUGGAGUUGAGGAGGGGAGCCAAAGGAAGGGGGUCAAAAAUGAUCAAGAUAAGACCUAUAUGUGUACCAAGUCCCCUAAAUGCACAUUAUGUAUUGUAAGCUUGUACCAAUAAACUUUUAAAAAAAA